AUGACACAUAAUCUGGGAUUGUUGUGCAGACAACAUGCUGCCUCAGAUGCACUCAUGACAACAGAUGGCUCGGCCGUGACAGCAGCCCGACGGACGGAUAUUUCACUCGCCCCGGUAGGCGGAUGGAUUCAGAAUUGGGGACUACGGAGCCAGGCUCAAUUGUGUCGAUCUCAGUGUCGUCGUGACAUUAUUCGCCUCCAUUCGGCAUGCGAUUGUCAUACUGCCACCUGCUGCUCGCGAUACUACUGGUCCGGCAAGGGAAUGGCUGAAAAGAGGGGCUCAUCAGAGGUCAGCCCCGGGAAACAAGGUAGGAGAAAUCGUUGUGUCUAA